CCGGUUGUCCGACGUCACACCCUCUGACCCUCCCACCUGCAACUCAGCUGCUGGCGCCAUCGCUGCUAAUUACGAAUUGGGGGGCUUAUACAUAUACGGAAGACAGUCACCCAAAAAAAUAUUUAAUAACGAACCACCAUCUCAAGUCUUCUAUCCCUUUCUUCAGUUUACGUUUACGUAAAUCAGAUAUACCUACUUCUUAUUCAACUUCUCAUUGAGGAUUUAAACUCUGUUGAAAAUGAGAGCAUACUUGUACGAUAACGCUCCUGGCGACCAGCGACUGCCGCACGACUCGGGUAAAGAUGUAGAUGUUGCAGCCUUGGAGAAGUUGGGCGUGCUAUACUUCCGGUACCCACAGGUGUCGGCCGUCGACGAGCUGGCAAGCAAGCGCGGGUACAAGAACCGUGACGAAAUCACAGUUUCCCCUGAGAAGAUGGGCGAUAUAUAUGAGGAGAAAGUCAAGUCCUUCUUCCACGAGCACCUGCACGAAGAUGAGGAGAUUAGAUACAUCCGCGACGGUCAGGGGUACUUCGAUGUGCGAAGUAAGGGCGACGAGUGGGUGCGCAUUCAGCUUGAGAAGGACGACUUGAUCAUCCUGCCUCCGGGUAUCUACCACAGGUUCACCACUGAUGAGAAUAACUACAUCCAAGCCAUGCGCCUUUUCAAGGACGAACCCAAGUGGACGCCGCUGAACAGGUCCGGCGAGCUAGAUGAGAACCAGUUCCGCAAGGAGUACGUCUCCCAGUACCUGAACUAGGUUAGGUGAUGGUGAUGCAAAGGGUUACGAAGUUACGCGUUCUACGGGUGAUCGAGCGGAUGUGGCAGUAGCAAUACUCGAGUCUUGGGCGUGCCGGUUCUUUUGUCGAUAGAAGAUCCCUUUAACGAUAGUUAUCACGAAUUUAAAAAAAAAAUGAGUUCUGAUCUGAGAAUCUCGUAUUAAAAAAAAACUUGGAAAUUUUCUAAAAUAUUGCGAUAUACUCUCAUAUUAUCUUGGGGAUGGAGUAUCACAAGGAACUAUUUUUAUGAAAUUCUCAAAAUAGCACAAGCUUUACGUAUGUAUGUAGUUCAAUAGUCUCGGCAAUGACAUUGCGGGGAUUAUUAUUAUUAUUAUUAUUAAAUAGGUAGUUAUACCCCAGCUGGAACC